AUGGCGAUGGGUCUUCAUGCAUUUGCAGAACACAAGAACAUCGAGGUGCUAGACGUACUGGAAGAAGAUGUGCUGGCAGAGCAAAAGUAUUUCAUUGCUUUCUUGAAGGAGCGAGGGAGCAAUCGGCACGUGCUACUUGACGAAGUUUCCCUCACAUUGGGGUUCCAAGGACGACUAGAUGAGAAGAAUAUUUCUGAACACUGGGAGGGAAUCUCUCAAUUACGUAGUCAUGUCAAGAGCCUUACUAUCGCAUUUCGUCCCAAUGACCUUACUUAUAGCAAGAACAUUUACUUGCAAGGUGUCAAGAUCGCAGACGUCGAUGUUCAUCUCUUGAGUGUUGUGAAAAGAAAUACCCGUCUCGUGACGGAAUUGUUUUUAGCCCUUGGCGAGUAUUUGCGACGUGUUUUUGUCUGUCUCGAACCCACCUUGCGUGAUGUGGAAUUCUGCUAUCCCGUUGAAGGUCUAAUGCCCAUCUUGCUUGCGAUACCCUCGUGCCCUGUCUAUGACAACUGCGAGGACAAGCUUACAUGCCAGGCGGUAAGGGCUUCUCAUGUCGUUCUUGCACUCCUUCCCAAGUACUCCAUUUCUGCAGAAAAGCCCAUAUUUGUGAUGGUGGACACAAUGGAACGGCGAAAUCUUAUGCUUAAGACCCUCACAAGUGUGCCAGGAAACUGGGUAGCUUUCGUGGAUGAGAACGGGUUCCUGAGAAAAACAUCCUCUAUCCAUAACUCCUCCUGCGUGGUGAUAGUGACUGGUGAUCAAAUGGUCGGAUAUCACAUGAAGUUCACCACAUUUAUUUUAGACCUACCCGAGUCCAAGUGGAAAAACUACCCUCGGAUUAUAUCAUCUUGUCACGAGAAUGUAAUAGUCUUGAUGGAGCAAGACGAUAUGAAAACAGGGAAAUAUUCUCAGGUCAAGAACUGCACAAAAACCGAGGAAAUAUUGGAUAUGAUGUCCAUCACAUGGUGGAAGGACAUGAUAUCCUCACUCCAGAGAAAAGGAGAGUGGGAGGUGUACACCUCCCAGCCAAGUGUAUGGUUGCAGACAAAACUUCUAACAAACAAGGCGAACGAUCAUCAAGGUUCAUUGGAGGGGCUUAUCCUAGAAAGAACACCAAGUGUAACAGUCAUUUUCGGGCCCCCUUGUUCAGGGAGAAGCACAUUAUUGUGCGAAAGUAUCAAGCACGUGGCCCAUAAAGACCAUAGCCAACAUCGAGUCCUUCUCUUUCUCCUAGGUAGCAUCAUGAGUCAGAAGCUCACGCUGAGUCGUCUGCAAGAUUACCAUAAUGUGAUCGACACUGUUCAUCCCGUUUCCUUGCAAGUGUCUUGCCCAAUGGACAUCAUAAACCAUGAUCAAGUUAAGGCAGUACAAGAGAAGUAUCCCGAUUCAACUAUUCACAUUCAUGUCGAUGAUUACCUCAUUGCGGCCAGGUUUGCUAAAGAAGAAAUCGAACACUGGACAGCAGCAUUAAACGAGUUAAAAAGGGGGGUUAACGAGGUUAAAAAUCUCACCCUCACAGUCGCAUUCCAACCCCAAUCAAAAGGGGGUCGAGCAAUCUCCAUGCAGAAACUGAUAUCUUUUUUCCAGGCCCAAACUGAGGCACAUGUGAUCACUCUCCCGGGGUCCAGGUUCGUGACCGCCUUCACAAACUCCAUACUUCUGAAUCACAUCUCCAAAAAUGAAACUAGCAAUCCAUUCCGGCUGCAAGCAAAGAGCCUACCCACUGCCUCUCGUCCGGGUGCUUUGAUCCAGGGCCUCAAACCCAAAUAUAUACGCAUUAAACGCAGCUGUCCUGGUCAUCGUCUGGGAUACGUUUGUGUGCGAGACAUGAAGCCAUGUGUGGAUGCACUUGUCUGCUUUCUUUUCGCAAUAACACAGGAACUGAGUGCUGAACAUGCCCAUGUGCUGGUGUCGAAUGCGCAGCUGAUAUCAUCCCUGAAAACGGUCAAGAUCAGUCAAGAAAAAGCUGACCAACUUGAGUUUGUUCAUCUGGAGCAAUUUCGGGGGUGUGAAUCAAGUGUUUCUAUCACUGUGAACGUGGAUGAUGAAUGGCUUCUGGAGAGCGUGUCCAGGAGCCAAACGAGACUUAUCAUCGUUGACUGCUUACCCCACCAUGAAGAAGUUUGGCAGACAAUGCAAGAUGAGGGAUGCGUUGAGGUCCAGGAAGCCUCUGAGAGCAACGAUGUAAAUAUCAGCCGGCACGAUCUUCUCAGCUUUGACGAUUACGGAAAGUUUCUCCUGGGACCGACGUGGGAUGAAGGAGGCACUAGAAUCGGGGAGGAUGCACUGAAGAGAGGUGACAUUCUGAACGAGGAUACUGGCGCCAUUAUGUGUCUCUCUGAUGAGACCUGGAAGGUUUUUAACAGGCACAAAAACUUCCCCCUGUCUGCAUCCUCCUCCCCUCUCACCGAUUGGGGUUACAUGUGCGUUGGAGGGACCUUUCUUCCUCGAGAAGGGAGAGGAGAUAUGGAGAAUGGGGAACGCCUAGGAAUCCUUCUCUUCGCCCGGGAUUCGAAUCAGCCCAACCACAUUAUCCCAGUUGUGCCUCGUUUACAUGUAUGGAUGCCGAUGGAGAAGCUACCCCAAGUGUAUGGGGAGGCUCAGGUCAUACCCUCUUUUAAGAAAGUUCUCUUUCAAGGGAAAGUGGAUGUGUAUUGGGGUUACCACACAGUAGCCCUGUUGUGGGCCUUGGAUCGGCACCUGACUGGAUUACCACCUCUCAGCCGAAGUAAGUAG